AGCCAACAGGGAGGCGCCGCCAUGAGCCCGCCCGAGGUGGAGCCGCUCGUGUGCCGCAAGUACGAGAUCAAAAGGCGCCUGGGCAAGGGGGCCUAUGGCAUUGUAUGGAAAGCAACCGACCGCCAGACAGGAGAAACAGUUGCUGUUAAAAAGAUUUUUGAUGCUUUCAGGAACAGAACAGAUGCUCAGAGGACAUUUCGAGAGAUUAUGUUCCUGCAGGAAUUUGGAGAACAUCCAAAUAUCAUCAAGCUACUUGAUGUUAUCCCAGCAGAGAAUGACAAGGACAUCUACCUCAUCUUCGAAUCCAUGGAGACUGAUUUACAUGCUGUGAUUAAGAAGGGGAAUUUGCUGAAAGACAUCCACAAGUGUUACAUUCUCUACCAGCUCCUGAAGGCAACUAAAUUCAUCCACUCAGGGAAUGUUAUUCACAGGGAUCAGAAGCCCUCCAACGUGCUGCUGGAUGCGCAGUGCCGGGUGAAGCUCUGUGACUUCGGGCUGGCGCGCUCGCUGUGCCAGCGGGGGGAGCCCCGGCCCGGCCCCGCGCUCACCGAGUACGUGGCCACGCGCUGGUACCGAGCGCCCGAGAUCCUGCUGGCCUCCCGCCGUUACACUAAGGGUGUGGACAUGUGGAGCAUUGGCUGUAUUCUUGGAGAGAUGCUGCUUGGAAAGCCUCUUUUUCCUGGAACAUCAACAAUGAACCAGAUAGAGCAGAUCCUGAGGGUCAUCCCUUCCCCGUCCCCAGAAGAUAUUUUGGCUCUGCAGUCGGAGUACAAGGCCUCAGUUAUUAAGCACAUGAGUUCCAGGCAGCGAGUGGCAUUUGAGGAGAUUUUCCCACCCUCCACUCCACUGCCUGCCUUGGAUCUGCUGAAGAAACUUCUGGUCUUUAACCCUGACAAAAGGCUCACAGCAGAGGAGGCUCUGCAGCAUCCUUACGUGAGCAGAUUCCACUGUCCUUCCAGGGAACCCUCUUUGGAUUUUGAUGUGAUCCUUCCUUUGGGUGAUGAUGUCCAGCUGUCUGUGGCAGAAUAUAGAAAUAAAUUAUAUGAGAUGAUCCUUGAAAAGAAGUCAAAGAACCUUCCAAAGGAGCCAGGGCAGAGAGAAAACAUUCAGCUGAGCCAGUCUGAGUGCAGCACAGCUCAGCCAGGUGUCAGCUCAGAGGCUGCACCCACCAGGAAAGGGCAGCAAGAGCCAGCACCCCCUGUGCCAAACCCUCCACAUGUGCCCCCUGCAGCUACAGCUGGGGCCCAGCCUGCAGGGCCCAGCCAAAGAAAGGACUUGGGGCAGAGAUCCCAGAUGAGUGUGAUGAUGUACAACCCCAUCACACACACCACUGUGCAGAGAAAUGCAAAUCCUGGUGCUGGGAUCAGGAACUGUUCUGCACCACCUCAACAGUCCAGAAUCCCCAACAAUGAGAAACUAGGGAGACAAAUCACAUGGCCAAACACUCAGCUCUCUCCUACAAGUGUGCAGAACCUUUACAAUAAUCCCAGAAACUCUCAGUGUCCCAGCAAGGAUGUUCGUCCCCUUCUGAAGCCCAGUAAAAAGAUGUUCCAGAUCACUGCAAAUGUGGGAGCUGCAGGUGAUCCAAGGGCAUCCAUGGGCAGCUACUCGCAGGCCUAUGGAACCAUCAGUAAAUCUGCACUGCAGAGCCUUCCAAUAGCAAAGGCCUCCAAGAACCCUGAGCAGUGACUGGAGAUGUUCCAGACAGGUGGAGCACAGCUCAUCCCUCAGCCCUGACAGGGCAAGAGCAGCAGGGGAGAGCACUCCAGGAGGAAAUGCUUUAUUCACUACUCAGGACCAUGUCCUCCUCUGCUCUGGACAAGCUCAUGGGAAAGGGAAUCCCACUCCUCUGCCUUCCAGUCUCAGCAGGCAAGGACUCAGCGUGUCUGCUCUCACACCAUGAGAGCAGUGAACGCUGCCACUUCACACUCAUUGUUUGAAUUACUGCAAAAACCACAGAAAACUGCAUUGUUCUGAUACUGGAGUGGUUUUUAGACAUAUUCAGGGUCCAGGGGAACUUCCUGAAGUUCAACAAGGCCUAGUGCAAGGCCAAGAAAAUACUCUGAAGGCUUGAGUCCUUCUGCUCUGGAGAUAGGCUGGGAGAACUGGAGGUGUCGAGCCUAGAGGAAAGAAGGCUCCAGGAACACCUCAGAGCCCCUUAAAGGGGCUCCAGGAGAGCUGGAGAGAGACUUUGGACAGGGGCCUGGAGUGACAGGACAAGGGGAAUGGCUCCCAGUGCCAGAGGGCAGGGGUGGAUGGGGUGUUGGGAAGAAAUCCUUUCCUGUGAGGGUGGCAGGCCUGGCACAGGGUGCCCAGAGCAGCUGUGGCUGCCCCUGCAUCCCUGGCAGUGCCCCAGGCCAGGCUGGACAGGGCUGGGAGCAGCCUGGGACAGUGGGAGGUGUCCCUGCCAUGCCAGGCAGGGUUGGGACUGGGUGACCUUUAAAAGGUCCUUUCCAACCCAUCCCAGGAUUCUUCAGCAGUCUGCCUAAAUGAUGGAUAUUCUUUUGAGCAGAACAGGUAACUUCUCUGAAGACCUAACUCUUCACAGAUAAUCUUACAGCCCUUCACUCAUUUCUAUGACUGUUCUAGGCUAGAUGAACAGAAUUCAUUCUGGUCUGGUUUUGUUAAAAUAAUUUGAAAUACAGGUGGGUUCUCCUAUAAUAUUUAACAGCUUCUCUAGUACGUAAUACUCUAAUAAUAAAUCCUUUAUAUUGCACUGCAGAAACUUUGUCUUCACGCAGUAUUUGCUGUGUUGAGAGGGAAACUGCCUAUUGGUAGGGCUGUCUUCUUCAAAGAAUAAUUGGUCAUUUUUAUUGGUUUUGCUUUCAGAAAGCAAAGUUUCAUGAGGUACUAUUGCUGAGAUAUUGUAAAGGUGUAGCCAGUCUACAGUGGGACUACAGGAAACUUUAUAUUCCUGCUUCAGUGAUGGUUUUGGAUACAUUUUCCUCAUUAACUUGAAGCUCUUGUCUCUGUCCCUGAGGUUUUACUCUGCCUGUGAUCAAUGAUUGUAAUUCCCCCCAGCUCUCUCAGCUGCUCUAGACCUGUCACCUCAUGAACUCCACACUGCUUGGCCAAGGCAGGACUUUAGAUACUUAUUUAAACUGAGACUCGUCUGAAAAGGCCUCCUAAAGCCAAGCCCUUCUCCAUCAGUAGCACCUCAGCAGCUUCUUUGAGCUCAGCCCCUAAAGCAGAUAAUUCCCUUUACACAGGGGAACAAACCAGGCCCCACAGGCUCAGUAAACACAAAAGCUGGAGAAGAUCAGAACCACAGAUAAGCCGGAACUUUGAUUACAAAUAUUUUUUGUAUGCACACCUUCAAAAAGGUGCCUCCUGUGUCUGAUUCAUUGUGAGAUACAGAAAAAGCAUAACUGCACCUGAGAAAACACUGAGCUUUAAAUACUUUUUUCCAGUUAAUACCUGUGUGUGUGUGUCUGUAUGUAUUUCUCUUUUCUGGCCCAAACUGAAGUACUGAAUUUUCUGGUUU